AUGCCAUCCACCACUCCGUCCAGCAGCGCGACUGCGCCUCAAGGGUCGAGAUGGAGUCGGUGGGGCAAGGCAGGUUUCGACAAGGUGAGGGAGCGCCCGCGCAUACAUGCCAGACUUGCCGCUCACAUCAUGGCGCUCCCAAACGGUCUCCCAGGGCAUGAAGCUCAGCGAUUGGGCUUCUGGCUAUGCCAAUGCGGCAUCCGCAAGUGAGUACAAUGCCGCAGUGAUGCAGUGACGCUCGCGAGUACGAUGCCGCAGUAAUGCAGUGACGCUCGCCUCGGCUGACAUACGCACGCACGCACGCUCCCUCGCUCCCUCGCGCACACUCGGCAGAGAUUGGCGGCGAGCGGUUCUGGCCAAAGUCCAACGACAUGGUGCUAGAGAUCGAAAAGUGCGAGCGGAUACUUCGCGCAUUCACCGUGGAAGGCAUACCUCAGACGGAUGAAAAGGAAGAGGAUGUCAAGGACAGCAAGGGAGGCUGGGUUCGAAAAAAGAGAAAAGUGCUCAAAAAAAUUGUGAGGCAGGCAGGCAGGCAGGCAGGCAGGCGUUCGCUGCUCGCUUUGCUGUAUACCUUGCUGAGCGUCUCCACUGCCCAUGCGCGUGCACAGCCGCCAAACGCUAUCAAGCGCGCCAAGGGAGUGUGCAUAUACUCCUCUAUGAGAUCGGGCAUCGCGCCAUUUGGAGGAGCAGGCGGUGCUGGGGUGGUCAUGGCACGCUUGCCUGACGGAAGCUGGUCUGCUCCCAGCGCCGUAUCUCCAAACAAUCUAUCAGCUGGCCUCUUGCUAGGCAUCGACUUUUUCGACGUGGUGCUCCUAAUCGUGAGUCACGCGUAAAUGAUUGCCGCGCCCACCUCUCACGCUUCCUGCUCGCCGGCCGCCAACGCAACAGAACACCGAAAAGGCAAUGGACAGCUUCAGGACGCACAAGUUCACAGUGGGCGCCGAGACCGCAAUCGCUGCAGGCCCCGUGGGUGCAGGCACGAGUUUGGAAGGCGGCAUGGAGCGAGCACCGAUAUACAGCUAGUAAGUUUGGUCGCUACUGCACCUCGAGCUCAGCGCUUACACGAUCGAGUGUAUUGCCUAGCGUCCGGAGCAGGGGCAUGUAUGCGGGCGUAGAGAUGAUGGGUCAAGUCUUCAUCGACCGUUUCGAUGAGAAUGAACGUUUUUACUAUUGGCCUGGCAUCAAAGCCGGUGGUGAGUCUUGCCCGCGCGAGUCUUGCCGGCGCGAGUCUUGCCAGCGCUCAUUCCUGCGAGCCGACAAACUCACACGUGCCCGCUCCUCGCAGACAUUUUGACUGGCAAGGUGCGCAUGCCGCCUGCGGCCGCGGGACUGCAUCGAGCACUUCGGGAUGCAGAGGCUGGUGUUGCGCAAGGAGGCGCGCUGGAAAAGACCGUUUACGAUGUCGUGCGCAUCCCCGAGUCGGAGGUGAUGAAGCGACUGGGCCCGCACGCUUCUCGCAAAGCCCGCUCCGCACCCGCCGGCACGACUGCCUUUGCGGAGACGAGCAGUCCGAGGAGUACAAAUCCCUCCCUUGACGAGGAAUCGCAUGCGCCUUCCACAAGCAGCGUAGCAGGGCAGCCCUCCGAGCAACCAGAGCGUCUAGCGAGUGCGAAUGGUGCAGCAGUCGAUGAGCAAGAAGACGAAGAGGAGGAUUUUGUUCGAGAGGGAGAACGUUUAAGACUGCCGCCAACGCCCCAAGAGUUAGAAGCGCUCGAAGACGCCGGUAUUCCAGACGAGGAGGAUCUCAAAUUCGAGCAGCAGGAACGCGAAGCAGUGUACAAGCUGCCACCUCCGCCUAUACGUGAGUGACGCCGCGCGCUGCACCACGCUGCACCGCCUGCCGCGGUCUGACCGAUCAAGCCGCUCGAAUCCGCACAGACCACAAAGUCGCAUUCUUUCUCCGCACGCAGCCGACCAUCGCUUCCAAGCGUCGAACAUCCCAGAUCGACAUGGAUGGGCCAUACACGCCAGACUUUAGGAAAGCUCAAUAUACAGCUCUGCCGCCCUCGCCCAUCGAGAAAGCCAGCGCAAGUGUGCCUGCAGCGAGCUCUGAUCACUUGGAUGAGGUGCAAGUAUUAGAGAUACCAGCUCCUCGUGCAACCGACACGCUCGGUUUGGAGAGGCAUAGUCUGGCUGAGACGGUGCAGUCAGCGCCGCCCUACGAGUUGGCUUCCCAGCAGCCUCAAACUGCGCCAGUCAAUGGAAGCUUUGAUGCUCAACGCGGCCAUGUUGAUGCCUUUAGUCAACGUGCCGGAGAAGCUUCGCCCCGAAAUGUCGUUGGAGAAGGCCUGAAUGAAGCUCAAGCGGAUGAAUUGAUCUCUCAUCUAGUCGCAGAGCCGGGAGAGACUCCUGGUGCCGACGCCAAAGACGAUGACAAAGAGUCGGCUCAGGUGGGCCAAGCCAUCGAGACUGCAGAAGCGCCGAUAGAUGCAGCCUCCGCCGCCUCUCACACUUCCCCUGCACCAAGUCCCUUGACGUCGACCUCGUCUGCCCUGGCUCCCGCAGCAAAUAUCACAGCGCCUUUGGGACACGUUCGCCACGAGUCCAUCAUAUCAAAAGCCUCGUCAUCCUCUCUGCAAGGUGAUGCAUUCGAUUCAGCUGCUCAGAGCCCGGACCCAGAGUAUCGAGCCCUGCAGCCCGAGGCGAGCCAAGAGGAGACGCCGUUCCAUUCGGUGGACUCGGACGCGGGAGGAUUAGAGCUGGCAGGAUCGACAAAGGAUGGGCAGGCGCUGUCCAGACAGCCUUCCAUCAUUGGCUCAAAUCACUCGCACUCUUCAGCUCGAAGCAGCACUUCUCAUUUACCACUCGCGUCUCCAAGUGGUGCGACAACUCCAGCAGCUCAUACACCAGGCUCCAUCGCAACACCACCAGCACGGCCGCCGCGCAAUCGACCUCCGCGCAAUGCGGCUCGAACGCCUGGUGGACCAGUCACGCCAUCCACAACCCUCAGCAACGAAGCAGCACAUGGUGCGGCAACGCAGGACAGCAGAGCGACAAACACGUCCUACAGCGCGCUCGCCGUGUCUGAGUCAGACUCGUCCGGUGCAGCGCAUGACGAGGCUUUAGGCUCUAGUGGUGAUGCGAAAUCGCCUGCAAGUAGGCGCAAGCCGCCUCCGCUUCGGUAG